AACCGUGUUCAGCCAAGUCUGCACGCCAAGACAGACACAUCCACGGCGGAGCUCCACGGCGAGGGAAGGACCCGAGGAGUGAGGAGAAGAGGCUGAAAUCAGAGGGGAGAUCAGAGGGAACAACAGCCGGGCUUCAGGCACACCAAGAGGCUACAGGAUAGAGGACUAACCGGCUUUACAGAAGGAGAAGGAGAAGCGCUAAUUCCCAACAUUUUCUCUUGCUGGCAGCCACAUUUAUAAAGAGGGAGCUAGCGGAAUGUAAUGCUAGCACGCUGGCUAAUGUUAGCUAGCUAAUUAGCUUGUCAGGCAUCCAGGAGUCAGUGUGAUCUUUAUUAAAAAUAGGUCACUGUUUGGCUUUGUUUUACUUUUUAUUUAAUGGAAAACACAUUUCUUAGAGCGUCAAGUUAACCUUAGUUUGAUUAUGAUGCUCUAGCUGGUGAAAAGUGAAGCAUUAAAGAGAGAAAACAGCCGUUAUUGAUGAAAAUUAGCUCAAAAUCAGCCGUUUGGGGAAAGCUGAAUCCAUUGUGAGAACCGAGCUGUGGAUAAAUCACACUUUUCCUGGUGACUGUCUGCCGUCCAAUGUUAAUGUCGACCGACGUUGCUUCUAUAAUGCUACCCGUUAAUCGGGGGAUAAUGGACCGGGAAAGAGACAUUGACACAGCCGCAGGAGCGCUCUCCAACGCGGCCGGAGGUCCAGCAGCUGUCCGCGGGAUGAAGCGAGGAGACCCGGAGCCUGACGCUCAGACAGCCGCUGCCCUCACUGACUUAUCCGGGGCUGAGUGCAAAAGACCGAGGAUAGACGGGACUGGAGGUGUCGUGGGUGACAUUGGACAGAACAAUGAGCCGUUAAACCCUGGUUUCCAUGGAUACCCACCUCACAGUCAGGGCUCUCAGGAUUCGACAGGAGGACAGGAGGGAUUGGUUGCCCCACCCUUCACAGCGUUCCCCCCUCCACCCCCUCCUCAGAACGGGCUGCCGGGGACGGAGUUUGGCCCUGGGGCCAUGUUUGGUGCUGGGGGCCAGGGGACUGCAGACGUAGGGGCUGGGGCUAACGGAGCCACCACGACUCCCCCCACCAACAACAACGUGAAGCCAGAGGAGACGUCCCAGGGCGAGGCGGGCGUUCAGUGCAGUUCAGGAGCCACAGGAUCAGGCGGCUCCGUGGGAGACUCCUCAGAGGCCAAAGGGACCCCCAAACGCCUCCACGUCUCAAACAUCCCCUUCCGCUUCCGGGACCCCGACCUCAGGCAGAUGUUUGGGCAAUUUGGGAAGAUUCUGGAUGUGGAGAUCAUUUUCAAUGAGAGGGGUUCAAAGGGUUUUGGCUUUGUGACAUUUGAGAACAGCGCAGACGCAGAGAAAGCCAGAGAAAAGCUCCACGGCACGCUGGUGGAAGGUCGUAAGAUCGAGGUGAAUAACGCCACCGCCAGAGUGAUGACCAACAAGAAAAUGGUCAGCCCCUACCCGAACGGAGAGGCCCUCAGCACUCUGCCUUAUGCGGGGUGGAAACUGAGCCCUAUGGUGGGGGCGGUCUAUGGACCUGAGCUGUACGCAGUCCCAGGGUUUCCGUACCCGUCUGCAGCGGCAGCAGCCACCACAGCAGCCGCGGCGUUUCGUGGCGCCCACCUGCGGGGUCGAGGCAGACCCGUGUACAGCGCCGUGAGGGCUGCUGUGCCUCAGCCCGCCAUCCCUGCCUACCCCGGACUAGUGUUUCAGGACUCAGUCCUUAGUCCCAGAUUGCCUCAGGGAGGCUACCCCGCUGCUGCUGCCGCCGCCGCUGCUGCCUAUCGCUACGCCCAGCCCGCGGCUGUAACCGGAGCAACUGCCGCUGCUGCCGCCUACAGCGACAGUUACGGCCGUGUGUACACUACAGACCCCUACCACGCUUUAACUCCAGCUGCUGCUGCUUACGGAGUCGGAGCCAUGGCGAGUUUAUACCGGGCGGGAUACAGCCGGUUCGCUCCCUACUAAAACCACAAACCCCAGCGAGGAAUCUCACAUUGCUCCAAACCAACUCCUUUCACGCUCUUUGUUUGGCAGCGGCUCUCCUUCAUUUUCCUUCAGACGGACUUCAACCACAGCUCGUGUUUUUUUUUUUUUUUUUACAUUUUUAUCCUCUCUGUUUUUGUGACGGGAUGUCAUCGGCCACAUCAUCUGUUUCUGUUUCUGUGCUCUUCUCUUCUGUGACGUGGAAUCAAAACUGCCACAUGCGUCUCAAAAGCUGUGGCUGAAAAACUUUGGGGCACAAAUAUUGGGACGUUUUUUAGAAACACUAUGGGACCUGGAGGCGAAGAAGCUGCUUAUUCACUCUAAACUUCUGUUUUUUGAUCCUAAAGUCUCCCGUAGAACACAAUCAGACUUGAACUUACACCGACUAAAAAAACUCUCUCUGAGUUUUCCUUCAUUUUCAGCCUCCUUUACUUCAAACGGUACUUAUAUUUUUAAACACUACAUUGAUUUAAGGCUGCAGAAUCCCCCGGUAAAAGUGCACAAAUGAAUCAGACUCCUUGGAGUCGAAGAAGACAUGGGAAUUAUUUUUUAAAAGUUGGAUGUUUAGCUGGAGGAAACACACAGAAAACUCAGAACACAGCAUGGGAAUAUGAUUCUUUUUUUGUCGUUUUUUAACUUCUCCCCAAACAACCGAGUUCAAAAAAGGAGACAAGGAAAAAACAAAGUGACUUUUUCUGCAUUACCUCAGUUUUUCUGCCUUUUUCUUUAUUUUGCUGCCAUUCAGAAGAAGUUGCUAUGAGAAAACAUCACUACAGACGCUUGAACUGUCCAUUUCUUUCAAAGAUGAAGCCAUUAGUUUGUCCUUAUUGCUGGUCCACACAUUUUCCAGUCAUGACUCGAACUUUGACACUAAAACAGGAGGUCAGACCUGUUAAUCCAGCUCUGAUCCGACCCUGUGACAAACUGUGUACUCCCCCUUUAUCCUCGAUCUGCUCGUUGUUUCUUCUUCUUAAAAAAAGGACCAGGCACAUUUCUCUCUCUCCUGAACCGUCACACAUUCCAGCAGCAGUGAAGGAACUGGCUCAGACGGACACAAAAAAAAUAAAAAUGCAAAUAAUUUAGCUGCUCCAAUCUGCAGCUUGAUGGCCCACAUGGGGAACCAAUCAGCUCGCCAAAUGGGAAUCUCCUCCUGGAUGGAGAUCCCUCCGCCUGCAGCCGCUGUGUGCGAUCAGAACAGCAGAUCCAUCGGAUUAAGAGACUGCUAUCAUGAACCGGGAGUCUCUGAAGUGAUGAGAAUUUAUCAUUUUUUCUAUUUAUAUUCAUCAUUUUUAAAGCGACAGGGAUCCUGUCAGUAGGUGUCAUUUUAAACCUUCAUCAUGCGCUCUGGGAUCGUUCAGGCUUUUAAAGUUUUUGUGUGAAGGCUUCAUAAACUCGAUCGAUUAUAGACCAAGUCUGUCCUGUAUGUAUCACGUCUCCAUUUACUCUCACUAUGUCGUUAUUUUUGCCUUUUUUUGGUUCCAAAGAUUUUCUGAAGAAGCACAUUUUUGGUCCUGAUGUAUUUCUUAUUAUUUUUGUGUUUUUUGCCUUUGCUUUGUUGUAUUUUUUAUAAGCGGCGGGUUGCAGCUGUAUUAGUCAGUACAGUGUUGAACAGCACUCUGGGAAAUGGCACUAAAGCAGCGUCGACUUAAAAGGUUGCAGCGAUUUUGGGAAUUCUGAGCGGCAAACCAAACAGCCCUGUUCAAUAGACAGUAUUCCCACUGCAGCUGAGUUUCUGUGGCGUUAUGAAGCUCGUCGCUAUCUUACUGUUAUAUUCUGGGUCAUUUGUCUUAUAAACAUCCAGAUUCUGACUACUGCUUUUAUUUUAUAGCUUCUCUUAUUAAAUCAUGAUCACAGAAAGCAGAAACUAAAAAUCCAGAAAGAAAUCAAACAAAAUGUCAUUAUUAAAUCAUGAGAUUAGGUUAGAUAUCAUAUACAUUUGAUUAUUAGGAGGAAACUUGCUCAUUUUGCUUUAUGCAGGACAUCAAUCACAACUAAAUUUGCCUCUCAUCUGGCUGUCAAACACUUCGGCCACGCAUGAUCUGAAAAUGUGUACUCAGGUCUUUUAAGUGUCAAACCACUGGGUUUUGUUGCCCUCAGUGCAUGCUCACAGGCAAGGCUGCCUGCCUCGUAGACUUAAUUAGAUUUCUUUACAUAUUUGCACAUUCUGCACACAUGUAAAGAUUUGUACACACACUUGCAGAUCUGUACAUGCAUUUGCAAAUGUAAUGCAUUACUGCAGAUUUGUGUACAGAUCUGUGCAUGCAUUUGCAAUAGUUUUGCAACCAUAAUAGCUCAUAGUGCCCCGGUUUCCUCCCACAGACCUGAAUCAUGCUUUAUUGGUGGCUCUAAAUUGCCUGUAGUUGUGAGUGUACCUAAUUUUCUGUCUCAGCCCUGUGAUUGACCACUGACCAGUCCAGGGUGUACCCUGAGUUUUGCCCUAUAGAAGCUUCAGUCACCUCUAGCUUCCCCGUGACACCCUGAUUGGAUAAGUGGUUCUCAGCUGGUGGGUCACAAAGUCAUUUUAAGUGUACCUGGAAGAAAUGAUGUGGCCAAUAGUCUAAUAUGUGCUCUUAUUUUGAGGACAGCCCUCUCUUUGUUGUGUCAGAUUUUUUGUUCCAUGUCAAUUUAUAACUGCCCCAUUUUUCAUUGAAAACAUUUGGUUACGAUUGAAAUUUUUUUUUUUUUAAUUUCCAGUCCAGUUGUUCACAAAAGGAGCCGGCUCUUAGGACCGACUCAUCCAUGAACAACACACGCAGGACUCUCUUGUAUCCUGUCAUCUUGCAAAAGCGUAGUAGUGUAGUGUAUCAUUGUGUCCUUUAAAAGCAUGUAUCUGACAAUCUGAGUGAGAAAACCGGUUAAAAAGGCACCACUAGCCUCUUUGUUUUUGGCUAAUUCACCUCCAGUUAUACUUAUCAACAGUGGAGUCACUGCUUACAGAGAUUCUUCCUAGUCGAUUUUCAAUUCUAGGAAAGGAUAAAAUAAAAACAGCUGUCAGAAUCUGGAUGUGUCAGCCUGGAAUAAAGCAGUACAGUACGAUAAGAAUAUGGGCGUGAUGUCUAAGCAACAUGGCCGCCGUGGGGAUAUGGCCCAUUGAAUUUUGUGCGUGCACUCGUAUAUUUUUUGGCUGCAGAGGUGUUUUGCUGCAGACAAGGGAAAUCAGAGCAGAUGGAGUCAUGAGGGACGUGCAGAAAUAAAGAAUGAAUGGCGUUUGUAAGUAGGGCCGAAUUACAGGCGAGAUGAACAGAGGGGACACGUCCGCACAGCUGAGGCCACCUUUUAGAACAAUGAAACAAUGUGUGGGCGGUGAGUGGAGGGAAUUUGUGGCGGUGAAGGUGAGGAGCUGAGCCAUUAAUCACUCGCUGACAGGAUAACAACGUCCCCUGCUGUCUUUUUUAAAAAAGAAGAGUUUCAGGGGGAACGGUGCGCUCAGGGCCAGGAGGGAUCAUGUUGUUUUUGUAUGAUUGUGAAAACUGUGUGCAGUAGGUCCAAUGAGUAUUUUUGACGCGCAUUACCUCCUUUUUUUGUCUUUUUAUUCCUUACAAGUAUUAUCAGAAGUGUUGCUAUGCAUGCUUUGUGCAGGAGGAAGGUAGUCGGUCAGAAAAUCUUUUCAUUUGUGCAUGAAUUCAAAUCCUAGUGCUGGACGAGGAGGAGGAGGGGGGGUGGGUGUUUACAGAGCAGGAGGAUGAGGAAGAUGUGGGAUGUUGUGUGAUGUGAGGCGACAGGAGUCUCACUAAAGUUUGGGUACGGGGCGGGGAGAGGCGAGCAGCUCGGUGGCUUAAUGGGAGUCAAUUCAGUCCGCUUCAGUAAUCUCGGUUAUCUCUGCUCUGUGCCUCUGAGCUCGUCGUGGUAAUCACCGCUCAUAUCAGAUGUGUAAAGUUUAAUUUGAUAUGCCUGGACUCCUGUGGUUCGAUUUUAUUAUGAAAAUAAAACAAGAGAGUGAAGGUUGCCAAUGCGAUGAUUUAUCUGCUUACAGAGGAAUUCACUAUUUAGAGAUCUUGGCUUUAUAAGCAUUAUUUUAAUAGUUAGGAGUUUCACCUGUAGGUUUCUUCAUCCUGCAGCCAUGAAACCGGCUGUAAAGUUUGCAAAAAGUCGCCCAAUAGAAGCUCACUGACAGGCUUAAUUAGACCGUUUGUAUUGAAAGAAAUAUAAAAAAAAAAAAACUCAGUAAGAACAGACUGUUUGAAGACAGAAACAGCUAAAUCACUCUCCUCAAAGCUGCCUGACUCCAUGAACAAAGAUGUAUUUUUACUGGUAUCUGCUGUCUUAAAGUUUGUUUCCAUUUCAGUAGGACUGAGCUAUUUUUAACAGAGGAAGGUAGUGGUUGACUAGCAAAGGGGAUCUCAACCUUUUCAGCCAGCAACCCCCAAAAUAAAGGUGUCAGAGACCGGGGACCCCCACUGUACCUGAAGGCGGUUGAACAGCCAGGAACAUUCAAGAGAAGCCAUGUGCAGACAAGGUUGUCCG